GUUACUACGCCGCCAUUGUUGUUUACAUUCGAACUCGGUGCAUGUCAAAACAUACCCACGUUUUCUGGAUUAGGCAACCAUUGUAUUUCGUAAGGAAUAUUCUAGACUUCUGAGAACGCUACUAGAGUUCCGUGUUCGGUUCGAUUCGUUUUUGGAUACAACAGUCAAAAACAUGCCUUUGAUUGAGGAGAUCACUUCAGAUCCCAUACCUGAGCCACAAAGGGAGUCAUCAAACUCUCCCUCAGUAAAGAUUGAGGUGGUGGACAACUCCCCAAAGCAAUCAGAGAAUGAAACGUUAGACAACAGAAAACCAGGCAAUAAUGUAAACACAAAUAAGACAGAGAACAAAAACACAGACAACAACUGCAACCCUGAGGACAAAGAAAACCAGACACCAAAUAACUUAAAUAACACUCAGAGUGAACAGACCAACAGACAGACAGCCGAGGAGAGCAAGCAGGUUGUUAAGAAGGAGGAAGAGAGCAAGAGCAGUUGGCCAAAGCUUACUAAAAAGUUUCUGAAACAACAUUGCAAGGAACUAAAGCUAUAUCUGACACCAGCUUUAAAUGAUGUCCUUUAUCUUCAUUACAAAGGCAUUCACAAGAUAGAGAAUCUUGAGGAGUACACAGGACUACGAUGUCUUUGGUUCGAGUGUAACGGAAUCAGGAAGAUCGAAAACCUGGACCAUCAGGGAGAACUGCGAUGUCUGUAUCUACAACAAAACCUGAUCGAGAAGAUCGAAAACCUGGAGCCCCUACAGAAACUGGACACGCUCAACCUCAGCCACAACUGUAUCAGGAAGGUGGAAAACCUGGAUUGUCUGCCAGUCCUGAAUACCCUGAAUCUCUCCCAUAACCGCCUGUCAGAUGUCGAGUCUCUGGAGCACCUCGCCAAACUACACACAGUCAGUGUCCUUGACCUCGCCCAUAACAAAAUAGAGGAUCCCAAGGUCAUUGAAGUGUUUGAACAAAUGCAAAACUUGAAAGUGAUUAACUUGAUGGGGAAUGGUCUGCUAAAGCAUAUCAAGAACUACAGGAAAACUCUGAUAGUCCGGCUGAAACACCUGACGUACCUGGAUGACAGACCAGUGUUUCCCAAGGACAGGGCGUGUGCGGAGGCAUGGGGGCGAGGAGGUGUCGAGGCAGAGAGAGAAGAAAGAGAGCGUUGGAUUGACCACGAAAGACGAAAAAUCCAGGAAAGCGUUAAAGCGAUGCUCGACAUCAGGAGAAGAAACGAGAAAGAUAAGAUAGAGAAGGAGCUGAGGGAGAAGGGGAUCGAGGGGGAGGUGGACGAGGCGAGCGUGUGCUGGCUGACCGGCAAGUACAGGAUGAAGGGGGAGGAGACCAAAGAGACAGACUCUUCAUCAGACAAAGAGGAGGAAGAAGAAGGGGAGACUCCCCUCAUCACUGGCAAAGCCCCCAUCUCCGAGAAAGGCAUCUUCUCCAAGUCCAAGGAAACCUCUGAUGAAGACAGCACACGUCUCUUCAUCACCGAAAUUUCUGACAAGAAGAGUAAAGAGGACUUAGAUGAUCUGCCAGAUUUAGAGGAUGUGGAUGUCAAUGAAGAACAGCUUAUCACCAUGGCACAACAGAAAAAAACCACCUACAAACCAAAGAUUGAGGUCCUGUCAGACAGCAGUGACAGUGAGGAGGAGGAAGAGGAAGAGGGAACCUCAGAUGAGGUGCCCAUCCGUGAAUCCAGCACCUCUAGGGGACCAAUGAUACAAGAGGUAACAGACAGUAGGUCCACCAAACUACUGAUUGAGGAACUCCCACAGCAAAAGGAACCCAGACUCACAGGAGGAAAAUCCAGGGCAUAUGGAGCAUCCGAAUCAGAGCUUAAUCUGGAUGCCAUUACUCCGGAAAUCCCUGGCUCUUACGACAUGCAGGCCAGAGCUCAGGCUCAACAUCUGCUGCAGGGUCUUGGUGCAAUGACAGGGUCCCGUGUGUCAAAGACGGCAAAGUCUGAAAUCUCCCAGAUGGAGGAAGCUUCCAAGAAAAUGACAAAAGAAGAGAAAAUCCAGGACCUGGCUGCCAACCUUGGUGCGACAACUGUGGACCCCGCCAUUAAAGACUGGGAUGACUCAGAGCUGGACUGAGAGAUUCAUUUGUAAAAAUUCUGAGUGAUCUGAAAUUUGUUGUGGUACCAAAUUUUCCUACAUAUUUAAAGUGGAUCAUCCAAUGAUUCAGGAAGCUGUUCGAUCAUGCCUAACAUUGCUUUAGACCAAUUGAAUCCACAGAAAAUUUAAAAUGUAGGAUUAUGUUGAUAAGUGACAAAGUCUACAAUUAACAGUAUUCCGUCCAUAUGUACAUCACAUUUUAUAUGAACAAUUAUCAAUGUGUUCAAAUACAUUAACAUGUUAUGAAUUUGUUACUUAGAAGGUAUUCUUUAUGACCAUACAUGUAAUUGUACAUUCUUUUAAUUUGAUUUGUGCAUUCCAUAAUAAUUAAUUCGUUUAUGAAAGUUGUGCUUGUAUGCUAUAUUUUGUUGUUGACAAAUAUUAAAUUACCAAAAUGAAGCAGG